UUGCUGACAAUACUCCGCUUCCUACUGCUCCCUCUUAGCCUGAAUAGGAGGUGACCAUCUCCGUACAGCAAAACCUCUUGAGCGUUAUCGUAUAGCGCACCGGAUGGUCUGAUUGAUAAAAUGCUCACGGGAAAUAUCUACUUCAUCGCCGCCGUCGCGGUCAUCGGCGGCGGCCUCUUCGGUUUCGAUAUCUCGUCAAUGUCCGCUAUUCUUGGAACGGAACAGUACCGUUGCUACUUUGACCAGUACCCGAAAGAGCCUGGGAGAGACUGCGGUGGCCCGAAACCUGAUGUGCAAGGAGGUAUCACUGCCUCCAUGGCCGGUGGAUCGUGGUUGGGUGCUCUCGUCUCUGGUUUCCUCUCUGACUGGAUGGGCCGUAAGAGAGCUAUCAUGGCUGGUGCUGUCAUCUGGGUCGUUGGCUCCGUUAUCGUCUGUGCGUCCCAGAAUAUUGCAAUGUUGAUUGUCGGCCGUAUCAUCAACGGUUUCAGUGUUGGUAUUUGCUCGGCGCAAGUUCCCGUCUAUAUCUCUGAGCUCGCGCCGCCAUCCAAGCGUGGCCGCCUUGUCGGCUGCCAGCAAUGGGCUAUUACGUGGGGUAUCAUGAUUAUGUUCUAUAUUUCAUAUGGCUGCAGCUUCGUUAAGGGAACAGCUGCUUUCCGUAUCCCAUGGGGGUUGCAGGCCAUCCCUGCCGUGCUGCUCUUCCUUGGUAUGCUUUUCUUGCCGGAGUCGCCCCGUUGGCUCGCCCGUAAAGACAGAUGGGAUGAAUGUCGUGCCGUCCUCGCUCAGGUGCACGGCAAAGGCGAUGCAAACUCUCCAUUUGUCGAGCGUGAAUUUCAGGAAAUCCGAGACAUGUGUGAAUUUGAGAAACGAAAUGCCGAUGUUACGUACUGGGAACUCUUGAAACCAAACAUGAUUAACCGCACUCAUGUCGGCGUCUUCACUCAAAUCUGGAGUCAGUUGACCGGAAUGAACGUUAUGAUGUACUACAUUACGUACGUAUUUGCUAUGGCGGGACUUACUGGUAACACCUUGCUGCUCUCCAGCAGCAUUCAGUACGUCAUCAACGUCGGCAUGACUGUUCCCGCGCUUCUCUGGGUUGACCGUUGGGGUCGUCGCCCGACACUGCUUGUUGGCGCUUUCCUCAUGAUGACCUGGCUCUUUGUCAAUGCCGCCGUUCUCGCCACCCGUGGUUCUCCAGCUCCUCCUGGCGGUCUUGGCGGAGUUGAAGCUCAAUCGUGGCAGAUCUAUGGACCUCCCAGCAAAGUCAUCAUCGCCUGCUCCUAUCUCUUCGUCGCCUCGUUCGCGCCCACCUGGGGACCCGUUUCAUGGAUCUAUCCACCAGAGCUCUUCCCCCUCCGUGUCCGUGGUAAGGCCGUUGCUCUCUGCACUUCCGCCAACUGGGCCUUCAACUUUGCUCUCGGCUACUUCGUUCCCCCGUCCUUCGUCAACAUCCAAUGGCGCACCUAUGUGCUCUUUGGCGUCUUCUGCGCGACCAUGUUCAUCCAUGUCUUUUUCAUGUUCCCUGAAACGGCAGGCAAGACACUAGAAGAGGUUGAGAAUAUUUUCACCAAGGGAGAUGUGCCCUAUGUCGGGACUCCGGCUUGGAGAACUAGGGUCGAUUACCGCAAGGCUGCCCACUUGGAGCAGACCGGUGUUAGGGACGAAGAGGACAAGCAGGCUGCUGAGCAUAUUUCUACUACGCGGAAGGGUGAUUGAUCGAUAUCCGAUUUUGAAGUAUUUUUUUUUCCUUUUCUUUUUGCUUUUCUCCCCUCUCCCUCUCUUUCUCUCUCUCUCUCUAUAUAUAUAUGUGGAGCGGGUAAUUAAGAUGCGGUAGUCUGGUAAUGUAUCACCACUACAAAAAUCCGGCUUGGUGGGACCCGGGAGUUUGCUAUACUUCUCUUCUCUUUUCUUUUUUCUUACUUUUAGUUGAGAAUGGCAUUAGCCAAGGACAUUGUAUUUCAGGCUGAGAAUUCUGCUUCUAACGGUUCUUUGAGCAAUGGAGUAACUGAGGUUUUGCUUUUUUGUGUCAUGGUUCUUUUCAAUGUGUAACUGUAUUCAGAUUCUCUGGCUUGUUUGUCUUUUAUUUGCUUCCUUGUGUUAAG